AUGUCACGAUUACAGCCGGGUGCUUCUUUGAUUUCGAUAAUUUCCCCUCCCGCUUACGAAGAUAUCGAUCGAAGAGUGCUCGGACCGGCUCCUCCCUACUCGUCUCUCCAUUCAUUCAUCACUUCAACGGGUCCACCAGCCGAGUUCCUCGAACAUCCACAUCACCAUACAUCGAAUCCUGUCCCUUCUUCUUUUUCAGCAGACCGUAAUUUAUUCCCAAGAGCUAAUUCUGAAGCUGAAGGCGGGAAUGACAAUCAACCGCCACCAUACCAAUUUAGAGAGCUUUCGGUGGUUGAACUCGAUGAAACGGCACAUCAAUCCGAGAUCGAUCGAAGUGUCGACGAGUUGGCAAGGAGGAGAAUCGAGCGAGAUAAUUGGAUAGCUGAAAGGCGAGCAGCGAGACGAAAUAAUCGAGGGAUUAUUUCGAAUUGGCAAACUCUGCACGAUGAUACCUUAUCGGCCAAGGCGGAUAGACGUGAGGCGUGUAGAAUUGUGAUUAGCGUAUGUAUUGGAACCGUCUGUCUCGGCCUCUACUAUUAUGUAAUUGGCCUC